GAUUACGCAUUUGAAUCAGAUCCGAGUCUGGCUAAACUUGAUCUUGUGCUGCGUCCAGAGAUCGAAGUGAGACCCUAUCAAACAGAAGCACUGAAGGCAGUCGUCAACCAAGAUAGUCAGGAUUCUAGUAAACACACUGUUAAAUCUGGUAUUAUUGUAUUGCCUUGUGGUGCGGGAAAAUCUUUGACCUCAAUCUUGAUCGCGGCUGCAAUCAAGAAACCUGUACUUGUAGUAUGUUCAACGAUCAUUGCAGCAGAACAAUUCUGCAACGAGUUUUUACGAUUUACAACAUUAAUGGCUUCAAAGACCGGAAUGUUUGCUGGAGCCAAGAAAUGGCCUUUCAACGGUCCUUCUGGUGUUCUGUUUACCACAUAUACCAUGUUAGUGGAUAAUAAGAAUCGUGCCUCCGAUAGUAAGAGAAUGGCCAAUUUCGUCCAUUCAACUGAUUGGGGCGUUAUUAUUCUUGAUGAGGUUCACCAAGUUCCAGCCAGUGGUUACAGUAAGGCCAUCACCAAACUUAAAGCACGCGUUCGCCUUGGUUUGACGGCAACCAUGUUGAGAGAGGACGAGAAAAUUGAAGAUCUUAAUACAAUUGUCGGCCCUACACUUUAUCAUGCCAAGUGGAAGGAGCUGGCAGAUCGUGGCUACAUUGCCAAGGUUAUAUGUACACAAAUUGAGACGUCAAUGACCGACAUUGUGCAGAAAGCUUACGAUGCUGUUCAGCCUUCAAAUGGAAAUCAGAACAACAUGCUUGGCCAUAGUCACCACUUGAAGAGUUUACUAGCUAUAUUGAACCCUUCUAAGAUGCAGAUAUGCCAGCGUCUAAUUCAAUAUCACGAGGCAAGAGGGGACAAGAUUCUUGUGUUUUGCGAUCACAUUGAUGCCAUUAAACUCUAUGCCGAGAAACUCGACCGUCCUCUUAUUUAUGGUGGAACUUCUACAGAAGAUGCUCGUAACCUUCUUCAACGGUUCCAAAUCGAUGCUCAGAAAGAACAAAUCAACACUUUAUUCCUGUCUCGUAUCGGUGACACCAGUUUGGAUUUGCCCGCAGCAACUGUGAUUAUUCAAGUUUCUUCACACUUUGGAUCCCGUCGUCAGGAAGCACAGCGUCUAGGUCGUAUUUUGCGCGCUAAGAAACGCUCUGAAAAAGGAUUCUAUUCCAGAUUCUAUACGUUGGUUACAACAGAAACGCAUGAAAUUACAUUUUCAGAAAAGAGACGCCAGUUUUUGGAAGAAGAUUGUGGUUAUGGAUAUCAG